AUGAGUUCUACUACAAUAGACUAUCAAAAGGCAAAUCCAUUAUUAUUUACAUUUAGAGAUUAUCAUACUAGUAUUCAACCAUAUUGGAUAAUAGUUGCACAAUUUCUUGUAUUUGAUUUUUCUCUACGCACUUGGGAUAGAACAGUAUAUGGAACAUGGCAAUUACCAAUCGAAUAUUUAAUUGACGAUCUCGACGGUGGUGAGCAACCAUAUAUAGAUAUAGAUAUAGAUCUUCCAGAACCCAUAUCAUAUCCACGUUAUAAUCCUCCUCCUCCUCCUCCUCCUCGUUCUACAAGUCUCUUCUUUUUUCAACCGUGGUUUCUUAAGAGAUCUUCAACACCAAAAAAGAAAACAAAAGUAAAACCACCAAAACUUGAUUUAUUUGAUCUUAUUUUCGUCGUCAUACCAUUACUUGGACAUACUAUAUGGUUUUGUGUUAUUCAAUCAUCAUGUUUAUCUGCUGACAGUGCUACUAUAUGGAAUUGUUAUAAUAUAUUUGGUUAUAGAUUAUACAAUUAUAUAAUUGAUCGUUACAUUUCUUUUUCAAAGAAUUUCAUUUCCAAACUAAUUAUAAUGCGCAAAUACAAGAAGUUACAUUCAAGAAUGGAAUCUGUGAAAAAGAGAACAUGGCGAACGAUAUUAUCACGUAUUAUAGAAUAUAUAACUCUUAGUAUUUCAUCAGUAACACUUGUAUUCUCUGGAGCUCUAUUACUUCCAUAUAUGCUCACCAAUGCUAUACCAAUGAUAUUCGCUUAUAUAUUCUUAGUAGUCAUCUAUUCAUAUCUUGUUACAGCUGGUGUUGUCUUAUUUGAAGGUAUCUCAUAUGGUAUAAGAUCUAUACGUAAUCGUCGAAAAUCAAGGUCUUCUAAAUCAUUAACAGAUACGAUUUACAAAAAACGAAAGAUAGCUCUUACCGUUGGUGCGACAUUAUUGCCAACACUAAUGUCAAUCUUGUUCAAUUUAUCUCAAUAUAUAUAUUAUGGACAAGGCUAUUGGCAAUCACUUAUUAAUGAUGCCAUUUCAAGAGAUCCUGUAGAUUACAAUAAUAGAAUUGGACACUCACCAUCUCAAAUAGGUCAUACAAUAUUAGCCUCUAUAUAA